AUGGCCGCUCUGGCCCGGCUUCAGGAGAGGCUGGAGGGACUCCGGGAGGAGUAUUUCCUUACGAACAGAGCUAUAGAUGAAGACAGAAAAACAAAGUACAAAGCUGCUGUCAAGAUCCAGCGCUGGUUUCGAGCAUGCAGGGUCCGAGCCUAUCUGAGACAUCUGAGCAGAAUGGUGAUUUUGAUACAGAAGUGGUGGAGAGGAUAUCUAAGAAGAAAAAACUUCAGAGAAAUAGUGGAGAGAGCAUAUUUUAUUAAGAAGCUGAAAUUCUACAAUGAAAUGGCUGUCAGGAUCCAGAAAAUAUGGCGAGGCUAUUAUGUUCGGAAGUAUAUCCAUAAUUUUUAUGUACUGAAGAAAUACCUGAAAGCUGUUUCUGUGAAUAACGAGCUUGUCAGGAGUGAACUUCAAGAGUAUGCAGAAAUGAAGGAAAAUGAAAAGAAAAUGAAAGACCUAGAAAAGAAAGAAAAGGAAAAGAAAUACCAAGCCCGAAAGAUGCAUUACCUCCUUAGCACUGAGCAGAUUCCAGGCAUCUACAAUUCGCCAUUCAAAAAAUCCCCAGAUCCAAUGGAACUGCUGCUACGGAAGUCAAAGCCACUGACCCACAGAAAGCAGCAAGUGAAGAGUCCCUUUGCUGAGCUCUAUGACUGGCCAACAUGUAAAAAGCCUCCAGCUUUUGUCACAGCACUGCCUCUGCUACCUGCUGACAGACAAAAACCUCAGGGGCCUUUCCGCAAUCCUGCUGAAGUGUUGCAGCAGCGCUACAAGCCUUUGGAACCAACUCUGCGAGUAAGAGAAUCAAUGUAUUCACCACCAGCCAAGGCCAAAGAGGCAACACAAAGGGAGGAAUGGAGAAAUCCCUUACAUGACAAUGAAUUUCUGCCAUUUUCUUCAUAUCAUAAAAAUGAUGAGAAGUAUGAGCCAUCACUUUGUAAGUCAGGCAAAUAUGGACAAGAAGCCUAUGGAACUAAAUAUUUCAGAGAAGUAUAUCCUAAGAAGUGGAUAGCAGACAAGGACUUUGAAACACUGUUUUCAUCGAUUGUUCUCUUCGAAAAGUUUGGAAAAACUUAUUCCAGCACUGGACAAAUAGUGUAA